UGUCGCUAUUGUAGUUCCGAAUGGCGAUAGAUGUGCAAUGGUUACUCUGUUUAAAGUUUACAUUGAUUCGCCACGUUCUGUUUUUUUUUGAGUGGGCAGAGUUCUGUGAGAGUAAUGUGAAGGUUGGCAUUGACUGAAAACUCACAAGUGUUGAGAAUGUCUAGUAGAGGGAAAGAAGAGGAGCAACGAGAUAGACAUAGCCACAAACGUCGCAGCAGAGAAGGAAGUAGUAGCCAUGGGGAGAGAGACUCCAAUGAGAGGAAGAGGAGGAGAAGCAGCAGUGGUGGUAGUAACAUGUCUCAAGAAAUCCAAAAGAUCAAGCAUGUUGAGAUUUUCUAUGAGAAACCUCCACCAGGAUUAAUCAAGGAAGAUGAACCUAAACCAGAAGAUUGCAUACCAGAUUUGCCUGGUAAUGAGCACGCUAGAGAUUUUUUGGCUCAUGCCCCUACAAGAGGCCUGUGGAUGCCUUUAGGCAAAGAAGUCAAGGUCAUGCAGUGUUGGAGGUGUAAGCAGUAUGGCCACAGAACUGGUGACCGUGAAUGCCCUUACUUUAUAAAAGGCAAUCAAAAGAUCGAACAGUUCAGAGUGGCUCAUGAAGAUCCAAUGUAUGGUUUAAUAAAAGAGAGAGAACAUCAGGAAAAGCAAAUGAGGAUCGAGCAACUGAAAAAACUACUGGAGGACUCCACAUCUGAUGAAAGUAGUGAUAGCAGCUCCAGUUCGGAAGGAUCAAGGGAAAAGCACAAAAAGAAGAAAAAGAAAAAAGACAAGAAGAAGAAAAAGAAAAAAAAGAAGCGCAAGUCUUGCCACAGAAACUCUGAUUCAGACUGAACAAGUUACAUGGAAUCAUAGGAUCUAUUUCUGAAGAGAAACUUUGACAUUGGGGCAUUGAAGUGCUGACGCCAUCAGAAAAUUGUAUAUCUGGCUUGUGCAUGAAGUGGAAUGUUCUAUACAUACAGUAAAUACAGUCAGAAUGUAGGUGUGUCUUAAAGCAAAGUGGGACACAAAACUGUUAAAGGCAUAUUUUGAUAGACAUUUCCUAUGAUAGAGACAAUGAAGCCUAUAAUGUAAUGAGGUGGCAGUAACAAUUUCUGAAAGCCAUUCAAGCAUUACAGGAUUAAAGCUGUGCUUAUUCUAAGGAUAGAAAAUUGUACUUCUUGACACUGCAGGACCUUUAGUCUUUGAAGACCGCAAAGCAGAUUUUGUUUUUGGAAAGAAUAUAUAUGCACAAUUUAACAGAUUGGUUCUUUCAUGAAGAAAAUAUAUUGUUAAAUCAAUGAAUAUCGACACGUUUAUAGAAGGUUAUGGGUCGGGUUUGUGUACAUCUGUAACUAAAUUUACAGAGGCUUGAAAUUAGACGACAUUUGCUUUUAGCUAUUGUGUUAUUGAAUCUUCUGAAAGGGUUGCCUUUUGCAUUCUUGUUUUAAUAAAAGUAAAAAUGCAGAUGACAUUCUGCCAUUGCUGCAAACAGAACAAAGUGGAAUUAUAUUAAUCAUGUAUAGUGUGGAAAGAAAAAGAAAUUGGUAACUGAAAAGAAUGAUGAUACAUGUAGAAGAAAUAUCUUGCCCUUUAGCUAUCGGCAAAUGAACACUCUCCCUGGUGAGUGUGUCAUGGACCCUGUUGUGAGUAACUUUUAGACCUGUCUUGUUGCAUACGAAUUGAAAUGCUGUGCCCUGGUCUGUUAGUUGCAUAGUUGUCUAGUUUGAAAAAAAAAAAAAAGA